UUCAAAAGCAUGCAUGGAUGUGGGUAAGCUUCUGUGUAUGGUUUUCCACUUCAAAGAACAAACUCUCAGAUAUGUUCCUUCUUUGCUGUUCUCUUUCCUGCUCCUAGGUAAAGAGAAAGAGAGGAACAAAUCUAUAUAUUUCUGCUCUGCAAACCCGUAAAUGAUAGCAAAAGUAUGAAUUUUUGAAGUCUUAAUAUUUUUGUCUAGAUUCACAAACCUUCCAUUUACUCUGUAAAUUCAUCUUCUCCUGAUAGCUUAUUAGGGGACCCAGCAAAUUCUGUAAUUUGAAAGAAGAAUUUUGUCCCAUAUGGUUUGAGAUUCGAUUCACUCAGGUUUACCUCUUCAAGUCAACACCACAGCUAUAUAUAUAUAGCAAUGGACGACAAGGAAGAAGAAAACUACCCAGUGGGUUUCCCUGCUAGCUUCACAUCCUCGGAUUACGACCAUCAUCAUCAUCAUCAUCAACAGCAGCAGCAACUUCUCAGGCCAGGCAUCACCGGAGAGAAUUCCAAUGCUGGAAUGGUAGACUAUAUGUUGAGCAAUUCACCGAUUUCGGAUAGACUGAGCUUCGCCGACGUGAUGCAAUUCGCCGAUUUUGGACCCAAGUUGGCCUUAAACCAGACCAAGGUCUCAGAUGAAGAGAAUGGACUCGACCCAGUUUACUUCCUCAAGUUCCCAGUUUUGAGUGAAAAAUUGCAGGACCAGAGUCUUUUGAUACCCCCACCGGCUAUAAUUGAUGAUAAAUUUCAAAGUGGUAUUGGUAUAGAAAGUAAGACAAUAGUGGCUGAAGAGGAGGAAAGAGAGGAAGAAGAAGAAGAAGAAGGCAGGGUUUCUGAGAACACAUCGGUACGGCGGCUCCGUAUGCUUGGAGGAACCCUUCAAAAGAACCCUAGUGGUGAGGCCAAGGCCCGGCGAAAACGAUCGAGAACUAUCAAGACUAGUGAAGAGGUUCAGAGCCAAAGGAUGACUCAUAUUGCAGUGGAACGCAAUAGAAGGAAGCAGAUGAAUGAGCACCUUAGAGUCUUGAGGUCUCUCAUGCCUGGUUCUUAUGUUCAAAGGGGAGAUCAAGCAUCAAUUAUUGGUGGUGCAAUAGAGUUUGUGAGAGAAUUGGAACAACUACUUCAAUGCUUAGAGUCUCAGAAGCGGCGAAGACUCUACGGUAGCAGCAGUGAGCCGCCACGACCAGUGGGAGAGUCUCCACUUCCAAUUGCACAGCCUCAGCAAUCAUCAUUCUUUCCUCCUAUGUUACUUCCUAAUGAUCAAAUCAAGCUUGCAGACUUUGAUACUGGAUUUCGCGAAGAAACAGCAGAGAAUAAAUCCUACUUAGCUGAUGUUGAAGUAAAGCUCUUAGGCUUUGAUGCCAUGAUUAAGAUCCUUUCUCGAAGAAGACAAGGUCAGCUCCUUGAGACAAUAGCAGCUCUUGAAGAUUUGCAGUUUGAUAUCCUUCACACCAACAUCACCACCAUUGAACAAACAGUUCUCUAUUCCUUUAAUGUCAAGAUUUCGAGCGAAUCAAGGUUUACAGCAGAUGAUAUCGCGAAUUCAGUCCAACAGAUAUUCAUCCAUGCAAGCACCAUCAUAUGAUCCACUAGGUCAUAAUGAAGCAACCUUACUGUUAGGCCGAGGUCUACUCUUAAUCACAUAUAGGAAAUGAUCAGAUAUUUAGUUUUUAGUAAGCCCUUUGUGCAGUCACUAUAGUAGUGUUUUGUAUAUCCAAGAUAAUGGAGAAACAGCUUUUGUUAUCUUCUUGUGAGAUUUCUUGGUGGAGAAGAGAGAAGGGUGUGGAAGAGGAAGUGUGGGGGAGGGUACAGGAGACAAGCUCUGGGAAUGGUGUAGUCUGUGAUUUAAAAUGUUUGUGCAUGUAUCAUGUAAGUGAGAUUGUGAGGGUUGUGGAAGGUCAACGUGCCAGUACUGUCUUGAUGUAAGUUGACUUGUCAGAAAUUUCAUCUUUGUUGGUUAUCGGCUGCUGAUCAAUGUAUUUGUAGAGCAGAUGAUGGGGACUACUAGAAUAAGGCCAUGGCUGGAUGGAAGCCUGGACCCUGGGCUAGUGGGUUGCCCUAGAUCUGCAUGCCCUCAUUUAAGGGUGUUGAUUGGUUGAUUUGGUUUGAUUUGAUUUUAAUGAUUAUGAUUUGAGAAUGAGUGAAUCGAAACCAACUCAAUAAUAAAAAAAUUGAUUUCUAUUUCA